AUGGCGUCUCCGAUUGUCCUCAACUUUGUCACUGGCAAUGCCAACAAACUUGCUGAGGUCAAGGCCAUCCUGGAGCCGUCCAUCACAGUGACCAGCCGCAAGGUCGAUCUGGUUGAGAUCCAGGCCGGCUCCAUGGAGGAGAUCACGCUGGACAAGUGCCGCCGCGCCGUGGAGCUGAUCCAGGGCCCUGUGCUGGUCGAGGACACGAGCCUGUGCUUUGAUGCCCUCAACGGCCUGCCUGGUGCUUACAUCAAAUGGUUCAUGACGAGCCUCGGCCAUGACGGCCUCAAUAAGCUGCUGGCCGGCCAAGAGGACAAGUCGGCCAAGGCGGUAUGCACGUUUGCCUACUGCAAGGGUCCCGGAGAGGAGCCGGUCCUGUUCCAGGGCGUGACGGAGGGAAAGAUUGUGCCUGCCCGCGGACCGGCCAAGUUUGGCUGGGAUCCCAUCUUCGAGUACGAGGGUGAGACGUAUGCCGAGAUGGACAAGGCCAAGAAGAACACUAUUUCCCACCGCUACAAGGCGUUGCAGAAGCUCCGGGAUUACUUCUCCAAGGAGGUAAGCGCGUGA